UCGAAAGUCAGCCAACGUGCGCGUUACAUUACGAACCGGAAAAUUCGGCGCUGCACCACAAUCGAGUCCCACACACACACGCACACACACUCACACAGCCCAGAGAAAAGUGGGUUCAACCAAGAAAACAAAAAAAAAAAGUGAUAAUAGAAUUCGCGCCCGCAGCUAAAUUAAAAUUCAUCAAAGGUUCCUACAGUCGCGACGUGUAAUAAAAACAAACCUUCGAAAAGAAAAUUCAUAUUUCAAGCCGAAAACGAAUAAGAAAAUAAGAAAAAUACCAAAUCCAAGCGAAACUCAAACACACAAAGUGCUAGAAAAUGUGCCGGGUGUAAAAGAGAGCAUAAUUAACUAACGAAUUUGGGGGUUUGCGAUAUAAGCAAAAAAUCUUGGCUUGAAGUUGAGGGAGCACAGAAGCCGAAAAUAUGUGCGCAGACUUUUCUUUGGCCAGCCAGUGGAAUUGAUUUUCUUUUCGUUUCUCCCACAAUCCCCCGUGCAACUUCUUUUCCCCGCUCCCCCCUCACCAAAAACCUAAACCUAAUUUAAACAAAAAAAAUGAUCUACUAUAUGCUACUACUCCUUCUGCCCGCUGUGUUGGCCCAGGAUCAGCAGCACACCACGGAGUCGCUGUCCAGCAAGCACCAGCAGAUAUCGCAUUCGAAUGCGAUAAUGGGCGAGGCCGGGGUCUCCAACUCGCAGCUGAUGCAACCCUCGACUCCGGCCCGUACCCUGCGACCUUUGACCGCGGGCGGCGGCGGCGUGGGCGGCGGGGGCGGGGGCGGUGACCCAUCGCUGUACGAUGCGCCCGACGACUGUCACUUUAUGCCAGCGGCUGGACUGGAUCAGCCGGAAAUAGCGUUGACGUGCAAUUUGCGAACGGUGAACAGCGAGUUCGAUACGACCAACUUUAGCGUGAUACCCGCCGAGCAUACGGUGGCGUUGCACAUCCUGUGCAACGACGAGAUCAUGGCCAAGAGUCGCCUGGAGGCGCAAUCCUUUGCCCACUUGGCCCGGCUGCAGCAGCUGUCCAUACAGUACUGCAAGCUGGGGCGUCUGGGUCGCCAGGUACUCGAUGGCCUGGAGCAGCUGAGGAACCUCACGUUGCGGACGCACAACAUCCUGUGGCCAGCGCUGAACUUCGAGAUCGAGGCGGACGCCUUCCAGGUGACCCGCAGGCUGGAGCGACUGGACCUCAGUUCGAACAACAUCUGGUCGCUGCCGGACAACAUAUUCUGCACCCUGUCCGAGUUGUCUGCCCUGAACAUGAGCGAGAAUCGCCUGCAGGAUGUCAACGAGUUGGGCUUCCGGGACCGCAGCAAGGAGCCGCCGCCGACGAGUGCCUCCACCGAAUCCGCCUCGGCCUCCAGCACGGAAUCGGCCAGGAAGGGUAGCAGCAGUGCCAGCAGCAGCAGUAGUUGUUCCCUGGAUCUGGAGUAUCUGGAUGUGAGCCACAAUGAUUUUGUGGUCCUGCCAGCCAACGGCUUUGGCACUUUGAGGCGACUGCGUGUGCUGUCGGUGAACAACAACGGGAUCUCGAUGAUUGCCGACAAGGCAUUGAGCGGCUUGAAGAACCUGCAGGUCCUCAAUCUGAGCUCCAACAAAAUUGUGGCCCUGCCCACAGAGCUGUUUGCCGAGCAGGCCAAGAUUAUCCAGGAGGUGUAUCUGCAGAACAACUCGAUAAGUGUGCUGAAUCCGCAGCUCUUCUCCAAUCUGGACCAGCUGCAGGCCCUCGACCUGUCCAUGAACCAGAUAACCUCCACGUGGAUCGACAAGAACACCUUUGUGGGUCUCAUUCGUCUGGUGUUGCUCAACCUGUCGCACAACAAGUUGACCAAACUGGAACCAGAGAUCUUUAGCGAUUUGUACACGCUGCAAAUCCUCAACUUGCGUCACAAUCAGCUGGAGAACAUAGCAGCGGAUACAUUCGCGCCCAUGAACAAUCUACACACACUGCUGUUGUCGCACAACAAGUUGAAGUACCUCGAUGCCUAUGCAUUGAACGGACUGUAUGUACUGUCGCUGCUGUCGCUGGACAACAAUGCGCUGAUUGGCGUGCAUCCGGACGCCUUCCGCAACUGCAGUGCCCUGCAGGACCUCAAUCUGAAUGGCAAUCAGCUGAAGACGGUGCCGCUGGCCCUGCGCAACAUGCGCCACCUGAGGACAGUGGAUCUGGGCGAGAACAUGAUAACCGUGAUGGAGGACAGCGCCUUCAAGGGUCUGGGCAACCUGUACGGCCUGCGUCUGAUUGGCAACUAUCUGGAGAACAUCACAAUGCACACGUUCAGGGAUCUGCCCAGUUUGCAGAUUCUGAACUUGGCCCGCAAUCGCAUUGCAGUUGUGGAGCCGGGAGCGUUCGAGAUGACGUCCAGCAUUCAAGCCGUUCGCUUGGAUGGCAACGAGUUGAGCGACAUCAAUGGACUGUUCAGCAACAUGCCCUCGCUGCUCUGGCUGAACAUCUCGGACAAUCGGCUGGAGUCCUUCGACUAUGGCCAUGUCCCGGCCACCCUGCAAUGGCUGGAUCUGCACAAAAACCGCCUCAGUUCGCUGUCCAACCGGUUCGGCCUGGAUGCCGAACUGAAGCUACAAACUCUGGACGCGAGCUUCAACCAACUGCAGCGCAUUGGACCCGGCUCCAUACCGAACUCCAUAGAGUUGUUGUUCCUCAAUGAUAACCUGAUCACCACCGUGGAUCCGGAUACCUUCAUGCAUAAGACCAAUUUGACGCGGGUGGAUCUGUAUGCCAAUCAAAUCACCACGCUGGACAUCAAGUCGCUGCGGAUUCUGCCAGUGUGGGAGCAUCGUGCCCUGCCGGAGUUCUACAUUGGGGGCAAUCCCUUCACCUGCGACUGCAACAUCGACUGGCUGCAGAAGAUCAACCACAUUACGUCGCGUCAGUAUCCCCGCAUCAUGGACCUGGAGACCAUCUACUGCAAGCUGCUGAACAACCGGGAACGGGCUUACAUUCCGCUCAUCGAGGCCGAGCCCAAGCACUUUUUGUGCACCUACAAGACGCACUGCUUUGCCGUGUGCCACUGCUGUGAGUUCGAUGCCUGCGACUGCGAGAUGACCUGCCCCACCAAUUGCACCUGUUUCCACGACCAGACCUGGUCCACCAACAUUGUGGAGUGCUCCGGUGCGGCCUACUCCGAGAUGCCCAGACGGGUACCCAUGGACACCACCGAGCUGUAUAUCGAUGGCAACAAUUUUGUGGAGCUGGCCGGUCACUCGUUCCUGGGUCGCAAGAACCUGGCCGUGUUGUAUGCCAACAACUCGAACGUGGCGCACAUAUAUAACACCACAUUUAGCGGACUCAAGCGCCUGCUGAUCCUGCACCUGGAGGAUAACCACAUAGUGAGCCUGGAGGGCAAUGAGUUCCACAAUCUGGAGAAUCUGCGCGAGUUGUACCUGCAGUCGAACAGGAUAGCCAGCAUAGCCAAUGGCAGUUUCCAGAUGCUAAGGAAACUGGAGGUCCUCCGGCUCGACGGCAACCGACUGAUGCACUUCGAGGUGUGGCAACUGAGCGCCAAUCCCUACCUGGUGGAGAUCAGCCUGGCCGACAAUCAGUGGAGCUGCGAGUGCGGCUACUUGGCCCGUUUCCGCAACUAUUUGGGCCAGAGCUCGGAGAAGAUUGUGGACGCGUCGCGGGUGAGCUGCAUCUACAACAAUGCCACCAGUGUGCUGCGCGAGAAGAACGGCACCAAGUGCACGCUGCGCGAUGGUGUGGCCCACUACAUGCACACCAACGAGAUCGAGGGUCUGCUGCCACUGCUCCUGGUGGCCACUUGCGCAUUUGUGGCCUUCUUUGGCCUGAUCUUUGGCCUCUUCUGCUAUCGCCACGAACUGAAGAUGUGGGCCCACUCCACCAGUUGCCUGAUGAACUUCUGCUACAAGUCGCCUCGGUUCGUCGACCAGCUGGAUAAGGAGCGACCCAACGAUGCCUACUUCGCCUACAGUCUGCAGGAUGAGCAUUUCGUUAACCAGAUACUGGCGCAAACCCUAGAGAACGACAUCGGUUACAGAUUGUGCCUGCACUAUCGGGAUGUCAACAUCAAUGCCUACAUCACGGAUGCUCUGAUCGAGGCCGCCGAGAGUGCCAAGCAGUUUGUGCUGGUGCUGUCCAAGAACUUUCUGUACAACGAGUGGAGCCGCUUCGAGUACAAGAGCGCCCUGCACGAGCUGGUGAAGCGGCGGAAGCGGGUGGUUUUCAUCCUGUACGGCGAUCUGCCGCAACGUGACAUCGACAUGGACAUGCGGCACUAUCUGCGCACCAGCACCUGCAUCGAGUGGGAUGACAAGAAGUUCUGGCAGAAACUGCGCCUCGCCCUCCCACUGCCCAAUGGUCGGGGCAACAACAACAAACGGGUGGUCUCCGGUUGCCUGUCGGCGCGCACGCCCUCGGUGAAUAUGUAUGCCAGCAGUCACGAGUACCAUCAGGCCAAUGGGAAUGGUGGCGUGAUUCCGCCACCCAGUGCCCGCUAUGCUGAGUGUGGCGGCAACAACUAUGCCACCAUCAACGAGUGUGGAGCGACGGCAGGGCGUGGCUAUAAGCCCAUUCCCACGUCUGCUUCGGCGGCGGCGGCCGCCUGCAAGUUCAACACCAUGAAUCAGCUGUCCAAGAAGCAGCAACGCGACCUGAGCGUGGCCGGCAUGGCCAAGACGCUGGAGCACCAGCAUCACGGCCAUGCCAGCCAUCAGGCGGCCAGUCGACGGAGCCAGCACGAGUACGCGGUGCCCAGCUAUCUGCCCAGUGCCGCUCCGGCCUACGACAGCGUGGACUAUGCCAAGCAGCAGCUGCGUAGCAAUGCCAACGGCUGCGAGUGCAUCAAUCUGGGCACCGGCAAGCGGCAGCCGGCGAAGGGAGUCGCCGCCGCCGCUGGACUGCCCUCCAGCUUCAGCUCGAACUUUGUGCCACCGGGCGGCGGAGCCUCGUACAAUUGCAAGAAGUCCUGCGCGUGCUUGGGCGACGAGGAGCUGCUCUGCAGCUGCGGCGGUGGCGGUGGCAUCGGGGUGAACCUGCUGGAGAGUGGCACCCAGAGCAGCGUCACCAUGAGCAGCAGCAGCAACAACAGUCGCCAGCCAGAGCUCACCCACUACGAGUCCAAUCUCAGCCUGAACGACGACGACGAUGAGGACGAGGACGAGGAUCAGGAUCAGCAGAAGAACCUGUGGGCGUAACGGAUCUAGGUCUAGUUUGGGUCUAGGGGGCUAGCAAAACAGCAGGAGACAGACUGCGCAACCAGUGAAUUUAUACAACUUAACGGAAAACUCUAAACUAAACAUAAACUAUAAAUUAACAAUGAGUAUAUAUAUAUAUAUAAAGAGGCAGGCAGUUAGCAUACUUUUUGGCAUGGUUCAAACAGACUGAUACUUUUAGUUCUUUAAAUAAAUUACAAUUUAUGACCCUGUAAAUAGCGCCAGCGGAGAUGGAAACUAUACCUUAAAAUGAGAUUUCAAUAGUUUAACCAUUGUAAAAAAAAAAAAGCACACAAAACGGUUUUUAUAUAAGGGCCUGUACAUAAUUAUGAAUUUAAUAUAAAUCCUUAAUUUAUUUAAUAUUACAUAGCUACCACAGACGUAAGAAAAACCAUGUUGAAUAACAAAAUAAAAAUGUACGAGAAACAAAAAAAAAAAAAACAAAAACCAUGAAAAGCAUCCCAAUCGUUUUCCACUUUCCCCAGAUAGUCAGGAAAAUUAAUUAGCAUGUAAGGAAAUUGUACGAUAAACAUCAAACAAUGCCAUUGGUAAACAUGCAAAAGGAGCAGCAGGAACACAGCAAAAAUUCGCACCCACAGAACGCGUGAAAAAUGCAGCAAACAAUAAAAAGUCAUAAUAAUAACUGCGAUGAAAACACACACACACACACACACACACACACACAUACGCCCAGAGAAAAUAUGAACGCGUAAUAAUAAUAUUAAUAGCUGACACUCAACGAAUUGAAAAUAAAAUUAUAGUAAAUCAUAUACCCCUCGCCAACACUUGUCCCUGGCAAUGCGAUAAUGAUGAGCCGACCGCCCGAUGAAGCUGCCGUUGAUAACAAUUAAGCUCCCAAACGAAAAACGAAAAACGAUCGGAAAAUAUGAAUAAAACGCCAUGCAGUUUCGGGCUUAAUGGCUUCGUAUUUUUUCAUUUAAGCAACACCAAUGUCAUUUCGCAUAAAAAGUAGGCUGGACUAGCGAUUUAUAGGACUGUCCGAAAAGUAAUUACAGUUUACAACGACUUUUCCAUUAUUUCCUUUUCAAAUUAAACCCUUUUUUUCUACACUUCCCCAUUUGUGUUUUACAUCGAUAUCGCACAAUUUUUUUCUACUUAGAAGUAUUUGUUUUCAACUCAUUGAAUCGACUAUUUUAUUAAAUGCACUUGAUGAUAAUUCCCAAAGUAUGUUUGAUAUGUAUGCAUUUGCAUUUUGUUUUAAUGUUUUUACCCGUUCCACAACAAUCGGUUAAAGAAACUGUCAGAAGGCGGAAAAUGAAACAAAAAACAAACAAUCAAUCGAAUUGAGCAUACUUUCAGGCUUUUUUUUUGCUGACAUGUUGUUCGCUGCUCAUACAAAGCAUUUAAUGAAAUUAUUUAAUGGCAUGCCAUUAAAAUAACAAAAGAGCAAAUAAGAACAACAGCAAUGUAUUGAUAUUGAUUGAAAAGGGAGCAGAAACAGCGGCAGUAAUCGGAAUGGAAGCAGUAUUAUUAUUAUUUUACAUAUUUUUUUCAUUAUGCAAACAACAAAUAAAACAUACAUGAAUAAAUAAUGUUUUCGCAUGUCUGGCUGCGAAAUGUACAUAUAUAAAUACCUAUAUAAAUGUAUACAAUAAAACACAAGUUUCAUGAACUAAAUACAACAAAAAUUGACCCCAGAUGAAUUUAUUAAAAAAUAAAAAACACACAAAAACACAAAAACAACAGCAUAUGGCCUACAACAAUUGAGAUACUACUAAUAAAUACUCAAUAAGCAUUAUAACUAUAAACUAAAAAACUGAACAUGCAUUCAAAAUUUUGUUUAGUCUAAGUUUUGUACAGCAACUGUCAAAAAUCCCCUGCAAAACAAAAAUAAAGAAAAAGUUACUCGCAAAAGUUUUAGCUAAAUUUAAAUAAGCAAGAACAUCCAAUGGUAAUAAAUUGCCAUUUAAAAUAAAAUUUCACUUAAAACCAAUUAAACCCAAUUUUAAAUCUCCAUUUUAUAGAAUUCACAAGAUGCAAAUACAAAUAUUACAUUUUAAAGUUUAAGCAUUUCAAGUCACGUUUACUCAUUUUUCAACACGUUUCAUUCCCGAACACUCGCAAAACACAAAUGCAACGAUGUUAGAGCAGCAGAAAAAGUGACAGAAUACCGAUAAAUAUGGAUAAAAUACUUUAUAAGAUUUUUGUGUUCCUAAAUGCCACUUAUGCAAAUUAAUGUCGAUUUCUAUGCAUACAUUAACAUAUACGAAAUAUUGAGCCGCAGCGGAAAAAUGUGUGAAAAUAUAUUUCUUAUUUGACAAUUUUUGUUUAAUACGAACAUGGCCCAUUAUUUAGUAUGUAAGUGAAAAUUUAUUUUAAAUAAUCGCAAAACUAACUGAACAAGCGAAUGAAGCGGACGAAAAAUGGACUCAAUGAAGUCAAAAGAGAAACAAAACAAUAUGAAGUCAAGCAACAAUAAUAAACAAAUUUAUUUCAAAAAUUGAAA